GAUGCUGGGAACAAUUUUUACAAAGGAGAUAUUUCAGUAUUAGUGAGAGAACAUGAAGUUGUGUUGGCUAUUUCUGAUAUACCUGUUAUGGCUGAGGGGCCAUCAGUGUGCACCUAUAAAGGAGGAGGAAAUCAAUCCAUGGGAACACCUGAAAAUUUUAUCUGAAGCUGGUGAGAAAUAUGUAGAUGAAGAGGUAAAGAAAGCUCUGGUAGGCAUUAAGCAGAUGAAAGUUAUAAUGGAAAGAAAUGAAGAUAAACACGUACAUCUGAUGAAAACCUUGAAGAAGAGCAGUGGAGAAAAGCAGGAAGCUCUGCGGCUUAUGGACGAAGUGAAAGAACAAUUAGAGGAAGAAGAAAGACAAUGUCAGGUGUCUCUGAGAAAUCUCUGGGAUGAAUGUAAAACUUGUUUAGAAAGUAACUGCAUGAGAUUUUAUACAACCUGCCAGCACGGUUUGUCAACAUUUACAAGUAAGGUUGAAGAUUUUUUCAGGAAAAUGUCUCUGUUGACUUUUACUUUUCAUGAGGAUCAAGGAAAAGAUCUCCAGUUAAAUGAAAAGCCCGAGAAAGAAGAUGCCCAGUUAGUACAAAUGGAAGAUUUAUUUAGCCAGCUGUUAUCGGAUAUGAGCACAAUAUUUGAUAAAAGCUUUGCUUUUUUCAAACAGAUGCAAAAAGAAUUUGAUCAAUCUUUUCAAAUAUAUUUCAAGUCUGAUCUGGACUUAACUGAGCCUUACUAUCUGCCUGCUUUCCCCGAGGAGCCUAUAAGAAACAGUGGUUUUCAGAAAGACGGGGGUAUGCCAGGCUUCCUUCAGAUAUUUUUUGACUUCAGCAAGACUCUGUUUGAAGGUAUCAGUGAGGUGAUUACUGAAGCAUUUGAUGAAUACACAGACAGUACAAGAGAUUUGACAGAACAAGCCAAAGACUGUCCAAAUGUCCCUGAACUACACAUAAAGUUUGAUGAAGCCGUUAAGCUGGUUAAUGUUUCAGGUGAACAGUAUGAGCAGAUCCUCCAGGUGAUUCAGCGUCACACAGAAGACACUUCCAACUUGUUGAGCAAAAUGAAAGAAAGGUUCGGAUGGGUGUCAGAACUAUCCAACAUGACCAUCGGACCAGAAAACAUUUUCAAUAUAGUAAAGGUGUCACCAAGUGUCCAAGGAACAGAUUCUUCCAGUCUGAAUGAAACAGUGGUGCAUGUGAAUAUUCUGACUUCACCUACUUUCACAAUUAAAGUUCCUCAUGAUUUAGUUAUAGGGAGCUCUGAAUUCAUUGAAUUUGUAGCUGGGAAAGCUUUGCAACUUUACAAGCAGAUUUUUUAA